GAGCCAGUAGCCAUGGGGGAGAGCUAUGUGUACCAGCGCCUCCCCUAUGCCAGGGGGGAGGAGCCGGAGGCAGAGGAAGAGGAGCGCAGUGACAGAGGGAUGAGGGCGAACGAUGCAGGACCAAUGCUGCAGUGUGAGGAGGGCACUGAUUGGCUGGCUGAGCUGCUGAGUGACGUGCAGCUGCAGCAAUACUUCCUGAGGAUCCGGGACGAGCUCAACGUCACGCGGCUCUCCCACUUCGACUACGUCAAGAACGAAGACCUGGAGAAGAUCGGCAUGGGGCGGCCCGGUCAGAGACGCCUGUGGGAGGCGGUCAAGAGGAGGAGGGCUCUUUAUAAACGCAAGUCCUGGAUGAGCAAGGUGUUUCCGGGGAAACGCCCCGACGCCGACCCCCAGGCGCCCCUCCCCCAGGGGGCGUCGGCCUGCCUGGCCCCGCCCAACGGCGCCUCCGCCAGCGAACCGGGCGCCUCGCUCACCUGCCUGGUCCGGGAGGCGGAGCUACAGCUGUUUGAACGCCUGGGAGACGGAACGUUUGGCGUUGUGCGACGGGGGGAGUGGACGAGUCCCAACGGAAGAGUGCAGUCGGUGGCGGUGAAGUGUCUGAAGGCCGGCCUGCUGGACUCAGAGGGUCUGGACGACUUCAUCAGGGAGGUGAACGCCAUGCACUCCCUCAGCCACCAGAACCUCAUCACCCUGUACGGCAUCGUGCUCACACAGCCCAUGAAGAUGGUGACCGAGCUGGCCCCCCUGGGCUCUCUGCUGGACCGCCUGAGGAAGCGACAGGGGCACAUCCUCAUCGCCUCGCUCUGCAGCUACGCUGUGCAGGUGUCGUGCGGCAUGGCCUAUCUGGAGCAGCGGCGGUUUCUCCACCGCGACCUGGCGGCCCGGAACGUUCUGCUGUUCUCCAGCGACACGGUGAAGAUCGGAGACUUCGGCCUCAUGAGGGCGCUGCCCAAACACACGGACCACUACGUCAUGGAGGAGAGCCACAAGGUCCCCUUCGCCUGGUGUGCUCCAGAGUCUCUGAAGUCCCGUACCUUCUCUCAUGCGUCUGACACCUGGAUGUUCGGGGUCACCCUGUGGGAGAUGUUCACCCACGGACAGGAGCCCUGGCUGGGCCUCAACGGCAGCCAGAUCCUGCACAAGGUGGACGUGGAGGCGGAGCGUCUGUGUAAGCCGGACUACUGCCCCCAGGACGUGUACAACGUCAUGCUGCAGUGCUGGAGCCCCAAGCCUGAGGACCGGCCCACCUUCACCGCCCUCAGGGACUUCCUGCUGGAGAUGAUGCCCACAGACAUGAGGGCUCUGCAGGACUUCGAGGAGGAUGACAAGCUGCAGAUCAAUUUGAAUGAUGUCAUCACCAUCAUAGAGGGACAGGCGGAGCACUACUGGUGGGUGGGUCAGAACCGGCGCUCCCUGAGGGUGGGUCAGUUCCCGCGCCACGUGGUGACCUCGGUGGCGGGCCUGUCGGCCCAGCACAUCAGCCGGCCCCUCAAGCACUCCUUCAUCCACACGGGCCACGGGGACACGGACCCCCACCGCAGCUGGGGCCACGCCGACCGCAUCGACAGUCUGUAUUUAGGGAAUCCCAUGGACCCCCCGGAUAUUCUUGGAAUGGAUCCUUCCAGAGCCAGGCCAACUAAACUCCCCAACCGUGCCAAGAAACAGCCCCCCCCUCGCCCUCCACAGCCCGCUGUUCUGCUGAAAAAGCCCUUCUACGACUCCGUGUUGGACAACUACGAGGAUGAGGACGACGCGAGUGCCGCGUCCGGCCUGAAGAGACUGGGCGUUUCCCUGGGCCUUAAGCUCCGCCCCUGGGAGGGGCCAAACCUGCGAUCGGCUAAGAGCGAGGUGUCACUCAUCGACUUCACCGACGACAGCUUCAGCUCCACCACGCCCUCCCCGCUCACAGACCCCCGACAGCUGGACGAGGACACACUGCAGGACAUGCCCUCAAUCCUGGACUGGCCCCUCCCACUCCCGGCCUACGAUGAGGUGACCACAGAGCUGGAGGACCAAUCAGACGACCAGGAGGUCCGCUCCAUUAACAGGGGAUUGGCUGAGGAUUCCUUUGCCCCGCCCAUCUCCGUAGCGGAGGGCAGAAGCGAGUCCCAGUCAGCGGACCUGUUCCAGGAGCUACAGAGAGAGGUGAUGGUGAAGCUGCAGGUCCCCAUGGCGCCGGGCCGCUCCCUCCCCUCCUCCCCCCUCCCCUUCUCCCGCCCCCCCGCCCACCGUCAGAUCUACCUGCCCACCCCGUCCUCCCCCCCUCCCCCGGCCUCCUCCUACGAGGACCGCCCGGUGCUGCCCCCGCGCACCCCCCUCCCUCCGCUCCGCCCCUUGCGCCAAGCCCCCGCCAAGCCCCGCCCCCACGUGCGCUCUAGCUCCGCCUCCCUCGGCGACGAGGGCCGCGCCCCCAAGCCCCCCAACCCCGACCACGUCGCCUCCGCCUCCUCCUCUCCGCCGCAGAUCCCGCCGCGGGACCACCACCCCGCCUACUCCCAGCCCGCCUCCCGCGCCACCUCGCCUCUCCCCCCCCUGGCGGCCCUCCCCUCCUCGCCGCUGACCCUCCCCCCUCCCCCGCUCUCCAUGUCCCCGCGCCGGGCGUCGGCCCUGUGCUGUGUGGGGCCCCUGGGCUCACUGAUGCUCUCCUCCCCCUGCCCGGCUCUGCCCCGCCCCCCCGCCCUCGCCACCGCCACCGCCACCGCCUCCGCCUCCAACGCCCUCUCCUCCACCUCCUUCCUGGACCCGCUGGCCGGCCCCGAGGGGCGGGGCCUGUCGUUGUUGAUUGAUGGCUCCCAGAGUUCUGCUCCCGCCCCUCUUCCCGAGCGUCCAGGGUACCUGGAAAGGUACGGUGCAGCCAACAUGGCCGCCGUCAAGCCAAUAAUGCAACAGAGCAGAGCAAAGCCAAACUCCUCCUUCAACAACAACAACAACGGCGGUCAAACUACAACUCCCAGCAUGCAGCAGGAGCUGAGCAUCAAACAGGUGCAGGAGGCGGUUCACGGGGUGACGGUGGAGGAGUGCCGGGCGUGUCUGCUGGACCACGGCUUGAGCGUCCCUCUUUCCGUACAGCAUCUCAAGGUGGAGCAGUUGUUCCGGCUGGGUCUGAGGUCGAGGUCGGAGUGUGUGGAGGUUCUGGAGCGGAGCAAGUGGAACCUGGAGGAGGCCAGCACCAUCAUACUGGACACACACACACUGCAGAGCAUGAGGAAGUGACAGUGGGCCUUCGGAAGGAAGGGCCAGUUAGUGUACAUUAAUGGGCACACACACACACACACACACGGUGUGUGUGUGUGUGUGUGUCGGAGCCGCGGCGGCGCCGGGCCAACGGGGGACCGAGGGAGACCUGUGGGUCAGGCGCUACGGACGCUAACUAGCAUUAGCCGCUGUGACUUCCCCGUGCGAGACGUGACAGACGGCCUGUUACGUGCAGCUUCAUGAGCCGCCGUGCGAUGACUCAUCCCACUUUACUUGAGCUAUUUAUAUUUACUGUUUUUUUGUGUAUGUUCCGAUAUUGAUGUCGUUUGUCGAAGCGGGGGGGGUUGUGUAAACCCUUUCGCCGCAAUUGUGUUUUGUUUUUCUCGUUGUGUGUGUGUGUGUGUGCGUGUUGGCGUGUGUGUGUGUGUGUGUGUGUGUUUGUAUGUGUGCUUUCGUUUGUACAAGACGCACCAGAACAUUGUCGGCGCUAUUUAAAUGUUAAUUGCGAUUUGAAGAUAACGUGGUUCGGUACAAACCAAGCGACCUCAUGUUCCACUAGUCCGAACGUUUUUCUCUGCUCAGAAUGCGUAUUAAAAUACCUCGGUCUGAUAAGCAUUUUAAUCUAGUCUAACGCACAUUUCCCAACAUAUUUGUUCAACGAUUGACCAAAUUAAAAUGUGAAUGAAGAUAACAAAUUCUAAAGAAGAUGCCAUGCUCACUUCCAUGGCGUUUUGUUCUUCAUUUGAUUAAUUAAUUUGAUAUUAUUCAAUGAAGGGAAAUGAUAUAAUUUGCAUAAACAAUAACGAGUAAUGGAAUGGACCUUUACAGAGGGUUUUUUUUGACGUGUGAAUAGUCUCGCUGUCAAUUAUUUUGAAGCAAAAGCACACAAAUGCUGGUCCUUUUUUAGGCAGACUAUACUUCCCAGAAUACCUUCCUGGAAUGUGCAGUUUCCAGCCCCUCUUUCACAUGUAGUCCUUCCCUGCAAUGCUACUGAGGAUGUAC